AUGGAUGAAAAAACGCAGUCAAGGCUCCCACAGCCGUUGUCCAAAACAGUAUCACCAAUGACAAGAAUGAAAAUAAAUCCAUUGGCUGAUUCAACCUCAUCGGCUAAUAUUAUUCCACAAAAAAGUAUUUCAGGGACAAAGAGAACUGCUGAUAGAUCAGAUGGAUCAGUAUUGGAUCCUAUCAAACGUAAAAAUACUACUAUCUCUGAGAGAAAAACGCUUGUAGAGCGUGCAGGUGCAUCUCGAAAGCCAUCUACCAGUGUUUAUAAAUCAUCUACAUUAUUACAAAGUAAACCAGCCUCAUCCAGUUAUCAAAAGAUAUGCCAAUCUGGUUUAAGCCGUUCAUUGAAUGAAAAUAGUCAUUUAUCGUCCUCCUCCAUUCUUGGGAGAAGCUUAUCUAAUGAAAUACCUUGUUCUCAGUCGGUCCAACGGCCAAAUAUUAAGGUUUUGGGUGAUAGGCCUAAGCGUCCUGCUUGGGAUACGAGAGGAAGACUUGAAGAUAUGGAAAUUGCGUAUUCUGAGCUGAAAGAACAGAUUUCGAUUGGGAAUACUGAAAAGGAUGCAAUUUAUACUGCACUUGAAAGUGAACGUCAUAAAUUAAAUGAACUGGAAUUGGUUAAAGCUAGUUUGAUGACUGAAUUAGAAACUGUGAGAUCUUCUUUGCUGACUCGGAAAAUAGAAACCGAUGAGCAGAUAAAUAAAUUAAAAUCUGAAAUUAUAGAACUUGAAAGAAAACUGGAUGAUGAGCGCCGUAAUUUUAGAAAUGAAAUAGAUGAUCUUACAAGAAAACAUAGAGAUGAUAUUGAGAGUCUUGAAAGAAAACACAGAGAUGAAUCUGAAUCCCUUGAAAAAGCGUAUAAAGACCAAAUAAAUGAGAUAAAAAAAGCUGGAAAACAGGAACUAGAAUCGUUGAUGAGUAACCAUAAGAAUGAAAUUGAAACAAUGGAGAAAAAACAUAAAAUUAUGGUAGAAGAAGCGUGUUCUGCGAGUGUUGUAGCGUUGCAGAAAUUUAAAACAGAAACUGCUUUGGAAAAACAGAAGAUUGACCUAGAAUUUGAUGCAAAAGAGAGAGAAUUGAAAAUGAUGAAAGCAUCCUUAGAUGAUGCUAUGUCUAAUCUUGAAAGAGAGAAAGUCUUAAAUGCUUCUCUUCGUAAUGCUGUAAAUGAAAAGUGUGUAUCGAAUUUAACUCUUGAAUCAUCUGUAUCUGUCUUUCGUAGUGAGAUUGAAAAGUUGGAAGCUCAGGUUGCUUCGCAAAAAGCAUGUAUUAUAGAACUUUCUGAUUCUGCCAAAAAUGCUCAAGAAGAGAAAGAAAUAUGCCACAGAAAACUUAGAGAAGAAGAGACAUUGCGUAGAAAGCUACAUAACCAAAUUCAAGAGCUUAAAGGAAAUAUCCGUGUGUUAUGUAGAGUCAGACCAUUUUUGGAACAUGAAAAAUUUGAAAAUGGGCUUGCUGAUAUCAAAUACCCCGAUGAAUCAAAAGAAGGAAAAGAAAUUGAAAUUAUUGGACAAACGACAGAAUCAUCUUUAGGAUCAGUUCAUACUAAGAGUUAUCCUUUCACUUUUGACAAAGUUUUUUCGCCAAAAUGCUCAAACAAUGAAGUCUUUGAUGAAAUUUCUCAGCUCGUGCAAAGUGCAUUGGAUGGUUAUAAUGUGUGUAUUUUUGCAUAUGGACAAACGGGUUCUGGAAAGACAUACACGAUGUGUGCUGAAGAUGGAAUGAUUCCACGUGCAGUACAUCAAAUUUAUGAGACUAUUAAUGCUUUAACAGAGAAAGGCUGGUGCUAUUCGAUGGAGGGCCAAUUUCUCGAGAUUUAUAAUGAACAUAUUAAUGACUUGCUUGGCCAUCCAGAUGAAUUUGACAAGAAAAAGCAUGAAAUUCGACACGAUCCAAAAGAAUGCAAAACAAUUGUAACUGAUUUGACAACUGUAGUGCUUGAUACACCAACUAAAGUGUUUACUUUGUUGAAAAAGGCGUCAAAUAAUCGUUCUGUUGCAGCAACAGAGGCAAAUGAACGAUCUAGUCGUUCUCAUUCUGUUUUUAUUUUAACUCUUCAUGGUACGAAUACUAUAACAGGCGAAAUAUCUGAAGGCACACUUAAUUUGAUUGAUUUGGCCGGAUCCGAACGUUUAUCACAUAGUCAGAGCGUUGGAGACCGACUUAAAGAGACACAAGCAAUCAAUAAAAGUCUUAGUUGCUUAGGCGACGUUAUUCAUUCCUUAGGUAAUUCAAAAGGCCAUAUUCCAUACCGCAAUUCAAAGUUGACAUAUUUGUUGCAAUAUUCGCUAGGUGGUAAUUCAAAAACGCUGAUGCUUGUUACAUUGUCACCAUUAGUGCAGCAUUUAUCAGAAAGUUUAUGUAGUCUGCGCUUUGCGACUAAAGUGAAUCAUACAGUAAUUGGUACUGCUAAAAAGACAAUAAAGAUACAGAAUGUAGUUCCAAGCUAG